ACGAACACGACCCGUUAACACGAUUUGACACCCCUACUCCAAGCUCUUUCUUUCGAAGAAGAGAACUCUUUUCCUCUGCAGCAAUCUCUUGUCUCUCUCUAUAGAAAUGGACUACGAUUUCAGGACUAGGUCCGGCGCAUCUUAUGACCCACAAGUUCCGAUGUACCGGACAGCUUCAUCAUCGGCGCCGUCCCCCCACCCGAUGUACGGACCUUCGCUCUAUCCCCGCGUCGGUCAACCACAACCCGGCCACACCGUGGUCCCUUCUGCCGCAAAUCGCCCCUCUUCCUACCACCACCACACCACCACCACCUCCUCCUCUUCUUCUUCUUCAGGAUUGGGAAUUAGGGUUAUGAUUAAACCGCAAUAUCGGAUCACUCCUCCGCCUCAAUUAUCACCACAAGUAGGGGAUAUUCCCCGAAGCAAUUUCCAAUUCGAUUUUGAUUUUGAGAGAAAAGUGUUAGCUGAAGCAGAGAAGGAAAGCCAGAACUGGAGCAGGCUUGGGAUGGAAAACCUUCCACCUAGAACUACAGAAUCAACAUCUUCAACGGGAUCUAUUGCAGAUCCUGUGGUGAGCAAAUAUAUUUCAAUGGGGCUCAGCCGUGAUGCUGUUUCACUUGCAGUUGCAAAUUAUGGAGAUGAUCCAACCAAGGUUCGGGAUUUUGUCAAUGGCUACACACUCCUACGAGAAAUGGGAUUUUCGUCAAGCAAUGUAGCAGAGGCCUUAGUUGUGUAUGAGAACGACACAGACAAGGCACUAGCACAUUUCCUUAACAGUUCUUCGUAAGAAUACUGGAAACAUGUUGAUGUCCGUACUGCCGAAUAUUGGACUGAUGUUAUGCAAACUGUUGUGUUUUUUUGUUGUUGUUGAACUCUGGCUUUGUUCUGAUUGUAGAUAACAUUAUGGUAUUUGUACAACGUCGUUGCGCCAUUCAGUGCAUUUCUAUAUCAUAUAAAUAAAUUCGAUGAAGUUUGUACACAACUGAUACACUGACAUAUGAUAGAAAGAUAUAGUACGGUAUA